CUUUUUGGAAAUAUGAGGGUUUUUCCGCUUCUGACAGUGGGACGGAAUGAGAGCAGCGCAGGCUGGUGAAUCUUUCUUUAUAAGCAACCACCUUAAGCCUGAAAUGGCAGUCUCUAGUCUCUAUUGCCUUGCUGGAGCCUCAGAAUGGAAAUCUGCAGGGGACUGUGCAGUCACCUAAUCUCUCUCCUCCUCUUCCUUCUGUUUCAUUCAGAGGCAGCCUGCCGCCCUUCUGGGAGAAGACCCUGCAAGAUACAAGCCUUCCGAAUAUGGGAUAUUAAUCAGAAGACCUUCUAUCUGAGGAACAACCAACUCAUUGCUGGGUACUUACAAGGACCAAAUACUAAAUUAGAAGAAAAAAUAGACAUGGUGCCUAUUGACCUCCAUAGUGUGUAUUUGGGGAUCCACGGGGGGAAGCUGUGCCUGUCUUGUGUCAAGUCUGGAGAUGCUAUGAAGCUCCAGCUGGAGGAAAUUAGCAUCACUGAUCUGAGCAGGAACAAGGAACAAGACAAACGUUUCACCUUCAUCCGCUCAGAGAAAGGCACCACCACCAGCUUUGAGUCGGCUGCCUGUCCAGGCUGGUUCCUCUGCACAGCACUAGAGGCUGACCGGCCUGUAAGCCUCACCAACACACCUGAAGAACCCCUUACAGUCACAAAGUUCUACUUCCACGAAGACCAAUAGUACCACCUAGACCUGUCCUUCCCCACUCCCAGGCCAUCAACACUGCCACCAACUGCCUCCUCACUCUGGUCAUCAUUAUGGUCUGAAGAACAACUUUUGCAGAGUGUACAGCAGAAGGAGGAAAAGAACCCUGAUGACGGAUCUCUGCCCUCAGUCUGUUGGCUAACCCAAUCCCCAUGGCACUUCCAGAGUGAUCUUUCAAAUUGGAUCACGGCAGGCCCUUGUUCAAAACCUUUUCUUAUUGCCUCUGGAUCAAGUCUAGACCACUUGCUUGGCCUAGGUGCCUUCUGCUCCCCCAACUUUUUUUCAUCCAUUGUUCUACAUGUUCUCAGUCCAGACCAAUCAAAUCUCUUGGCUAUACCUCCCAAGUGGCUCCCUUGCCCUGCUUUAUAAACCUGUGCCAGACUAUGGAGAGGGUUUUUGUUCUACUCUCCUUGUUGUUCAUUUUGGUUUUAGUGCUUGAGGUGACACCCAUCAAAGCAUCACACGUGCUCUGCCACCCAGCUAUGCUUCCAUCCCACAGGGAAGCCUGUGAGGAUCUAGAAACCAGAAAUUAAGGAACUCAAAGUUAUUUUAUUAGGCCAGCCUUACUCCGUGUGGGGCAGAGUUCUUCCGAGAGGGGCUGAGAAUUAGAUGUUCCUGAAUUUGUGAAAUGAAUAAGCAUGGGAAAAUAGAUGAAAAUAAAAUUUCCUCUUUUCCUUCUUUAUAUGAUGCCCUAACUGAAAAAUUAAAAAUUCUUGGACUAUAUUAUCCCCAUAAUCCUCCCCCCCCUUUUUUUAUUUCAAUAGUCUUCAUCCUCCUGUCCAGCUGAAACACCAUCUGCACUCCAAACCUACAACCUCUGCCUGGAGAAGUUCCCCAAGUCACUGUGCAGAUGUGGCUCUCGGGUCCUUCUUACUGUGCAAAUGAACCCACUAAUUACUUCUUGACCAUUUUAGCACUUCUAACCUUGAGACUUGUGUUUCCUCUGCCAGAAUGUGAGCUCCAGAAAGCAGGGAGCGGCACAUGUGGUGCUUGUGUGUGAGUGUGAGUGUGUGUGAGUGUGAGUGUGAGUGUGUGUGUGUGUGUGUGUGUGUGUGUGUGAGUGUGAGUGUGUGUGUGUGUGUGUGAGUGUGUGUGUGUGUGUGUGUGUGUGAGUGUGUGUGAGUGUGAGUGUGUGUGUGUGUGUGAGUGUGUGUGUGUGUGUGUGUGUGUGUGUGAGUGUGUGUGUGUGUGUGUGUUGGGUCUCUCUCUCUACAGGGAGGAGAACCUGCUUUGUUUCUUAGCAGGUACUCAGUGAAUAUGCAUGUGAUGUGCUGGAUAGAAAGAUUCUUAUUCCUCCCUGUGACUUUAUCUCUAUUUUACAAUAAAACUCUGAAAAUGUC